AUGCGCUAUUAUUUAACAGAGAAUGGUAUCCUCUACUUGGAAACGCCGAAUGCAUACAAAAGGUGGACAUCUUUUGACCCAAGCCAGUUCUGCGUCGAUUAUAAGUCUUAUAAUGAUAGGCUAGAGCCCAAAUUCUACCGAUAUAUAGAUAGUGACAGUGAUAACAUUACAGAAAGUAACGCGUUCUUUACAACGGCAUUGCUCGUCUCCUGCGUGUUUCUGGCGCUGACGAUGAUAGUGUACGCACUUUUGCCCGAUUUGAGGAACCUCUCCGGAAUGGUUUUGAUGGCGUAUGUAGCCAGCCAGUUCGGAGCGUUUCUAAUGCUGGCCGUCAUCCAGUUGGACUACUACUCAGUCGUCGCCUGCAUCGCACUGAACAUCUCUUUGAACAGGGGCUACGCAAAAGCACGCGCCAUUCACCGGCGGGGUGAGACGUUCAAGUUUUUGAUAUACUGCGCAUACGCUUGGGGCUUGCCUCUACUCAUGACCAUCGCGCUAGUGGUCCUCAAUGUAACAGACCUCUCGGCUUAUCCGUGGCUGAUAACACCUAACAUACCCGACCAAGGGUGUUUCCUGGAAGGUGGGCAGAAGUUGGUUUAUCUGUACGUGCCCAUGUUGAUUCUCAUUACCUGCAACUGGAUAUUCUUCCUUAUGACCGCAUUUAACAUAUGGCGGCUCAGUCGAGGAACUGCUGUAUUAAACUCCGCUUCCGCUGGCAUGCCAGCUUCCCAACGCUUUCAACGACACAGAUUUCUGGUGUAUCUGAAAUUAUCCGUGAUCAUGGGCAUCAACUGGAUUCUCGAGGUGAUCAGCUCCUUUCAGCCUCAACUGAAAGUUUGGUACUUCACCGACGCGUACAACAUGUUGAUUGGCUUGGCGAUCUUCAUUAUAUUCGUGUGCAAGAGGAAAAUCAACGUUAAACUUAAAAAGAGUGCCGUAGGAGUUCAAAUAGAAAGUAACUACUCUGGAAGCAUUAUCGUUGACGAUUUGAAAACUUGCGGAAAAGUUAAAUGUAUAAACAAGUGUUGCAACGCGACCGAUUACAUUGUGGGCGAUAAAGAGUGCGGCCCAUACAGCGGUGAACUGAGUUUCGACAAUGUCACGGUGUACACUGAUGACAUUUACGACACGGGGAAAGUGAUGCGUGACAUUUUUCGUCUUGUACCAGGAAUGUUUUCGAAUGUUACUUUCCAGAGCUCCGCAUAUGAAUUUACGGAGUUCCAACUGCGCAAUUAUUUAACUGAGGAUGGUAUACUCUACUUGGAAACGCCGAAUGCAUUCAGAAGGUGGACACCUUUGGAUCGAAACCACUUUUGCGUUGACUAUCAAUGGCUAACAAGUCUUGAUAGAGUAGAGCCUAGAUUCUAUCUAGUUCUUGACGAUGAAUACAUUCCAGAAAGUAACGCGUUCUUUACAGCAGCAUUACUCAUCUCCUGCGUGUUUCUGGCGCUGACGAUGAUAGUGUACGCACUUUUGCCCGAUUUGAGGAACCUCUGCGGAAUGGUUUUGAUGGCGUAUGUAGCCAGCCAGUUCGGAGCGUUCUUAAUGCUGUCCGUUAUCCAGAUCGGAUCGCACACAGUCAACGCCUGCCUCGGAUUAACGUUUUGUACUUACUUCUUCUUUCUAUCAAGCUUCUGCUGGAUGAAUGUCAUGUCCAUUGAUAUUUGGUGGACUUUUAGAGGCUACGCAAAAGCACGCGCCAUUCACCGGCGGGGUGAGACAUUCAAGUUUUUAAUGUACUGCAUUUACGCUUGGGGUCUGCCUUUACUCAUGACCAUCGCUCUAGCAGUCCUCAAUGAAAGCGACAUAUCGGCCUAUCCGUGGCUGAUAUCGCCUAAGAUACCCAUACAAGGGUGUUUCCUGGAAGGUGGGGAGAAGUUGCUGUAUCUAUAUGUGCCUAUGCUAAUUCUUAUCAUCUGCAACUGGGUAUUCUUCCUUAUGACUGCGUUUAACAUAUGGCGGCUCAGUCGAGGAAACGCUGUAUUAAACUCAGCUGCCGCUGGCAUGCCAGCCUCCCAUCGCUUUCAACGUCACAGAUUUCUGGUGUAUCUGAAAUUAUCCGUGAUCAUGGGCGUCAAUUGGAUUCUCGAGGUGGUCAGCUCAUUGAAGCCGCAACUGCAGAUUUGGUACUUCACCGACGCGUACAACCUGCUGAUCGGCUUGACGAUAUUCAUUAUAUUCGUGUGCAAGAGGAAAAUCAACGUUCAGCUUAAACGGAGGUUAAGCGACUUCAGGCUCUCGAAAAUGUCAAACUCUUCUCGAAGUCAAAGCAGCGUCACCACGGAGUCAAACUUGAGUCCCGACUCGACGAAAGUCUGCUCUAAUCCUCAAUACUCGUUUAAG